AUGGAUCCAAAAGACGCAGAAUACCUUUCGUUUCUUGAAGACUAUGAAAAAAAGACACAGCCAUUUAUACAACCUAAAGAAGUACCUUUGACAAUAACCCAAAUGCAAGAUCCAACAACAUUCCCAGCUGAUAUUCAACGUAUAAGAGAAACAUUGUUGGAAGCAAGUUCACAAUUAUUAUAUAUUUCUGAAGCUGAAGAACCAUAUGAAUUCAUUUUCAUACCAAAUGAAGAAAUAUCCGAAUUACCAAGUAAUUGUGAAGAAUUUAAAUCUUUAAUAAAGAAAAGCAAUAUAACUUUAACAGAAGAAGAAGAAUCUGCGGAAGAAGGAAAUGAAAAUAAUAUAUUGGAUUUUGGAGAAUUUUUUAAUCCUUUCACUGUUGUUCAUGCUGAAGAUCCUUAUGGUCAAAGAGAUGGUUAUAAAGAACUACAAAAAAUUAUUGAAGCUACUUUUCAUGGUAAAGAAAAUGUUCGAAUUUAUAAGGUUGGCAGUCAUAGAAAAAUUGGUGUCUUUAUUGUGGGUUUAGUGAAAGGUGUUGGAAUCGUUGGUUUAAAAACUCUCAGUGUCGAAACAUAA